AUGGCAAAUAACUUUCCUCAGCAUAAUACCCCUGGGGAGGAAAUUAAUAUCAUUGGACAUAACUCAACGGAGAUCAGUUGGCCCUCAGAUAUGAUCGGAGAGGGAGAGAUUGGACAACAUAAUGGUAGCAAGGAUGAAAUACUAGACAAUGGGGAAGCUGAGGGAGGAGGAGAUCUGUCUGGUGAACAACAUGGACAGGGGAAAGAUGAGAGUAUGGAUUUUGAAACGGGAGCACCAAAGCAGAUAAUGAACACUUCGUUGGGGAUGGACUUUCCCCUCUGGUCUGCAGGAUGCCAUUAUGACCAUCCGUUUCAAGUGGAACAACUGGCAUUUGAUAUCAAAGACUUUCAACUGAAUAGAGGCAGAUGGACCUCAAAAAGAGGGAUUCGGAGGUCCUUGGCACAAAUUCUUUCUAGGAGCCUGAAAGAAAUCAAGAUUAAGACCAUCUCUUGGCUGCACAAGGACUUCCAAUCCUAUGAUCACUUGACUCGCCUCAUUACCACCUUUGAGGACAAGCGGUUAAUAGAAGAACUAAGGGCUCUCAGGUCCCAGCUGAACUCUUGGGGUAUCACCAUCAGAAGGAUUUUCCGGCGGCUGGGUGCCCGGCCUCCUGCUUGUGUGGCUUCUUGGGGUCACUGUUCAGUCGCUGCUCCCGCUUCCCACCCCGGUGCCGCCAUAAAGGACGUCCCGGGCUACCUGCAGCAGUCUCAGAGCUCGGGGCCAGGCCAGGCCGCCGUGUGCCACCGCCUGGAGGAGCUCUACAACAAAAAACUCUGGCACCAACUGACUCUCCAGGUUUUGGACUUUGUUCAGGACCCCUGCUUUGCCCAAGGAGAUGGGCUUAUCAAGUUAUAUGAGAACUUCAUCAGUGAAUUUGAACACAGGGUGAACCCUUUGUCCCUUGUAGAAAUUAUUCUUCAUGUACUACGACAGAUGACAGAUCCUAAUGUGGCCCUUACUUUUCUGGAAAAGACCCGAGAAAAGGUGAAAAGCAGUGAUGAAGCUGUGAUUCUUUGUAAAACAGCAAUUGGGGCUCUGAAAUUAAAUAUUGGUGACCUGCAAGUCACAAAGGAAACCAUAGAAGAAGUUGAGGAGAUGCUGAAUAAUCUGCCUGGUGUGACAUCUAUUCAUAGCCGCUUUUAUGACCUCUCCAGCAAGUAUUAUCAGACAAUCGGGAAUCAUGCCUCUUACUAUAAGGAUGCUCUAAGGUUUCUGGGAUGUAUAGAUGUCAGAGAUCUACCAGUGGCAGACCAGCAGGAGAGAGCCUUUACAUUGGGCCUGGCAGGACUCCUUGGGGAAGGAGUCUAUAACUUUGGCGAACUGCUUAUGCAUCCAGUGCUGGAGUCUUUGAGGGACACUGACAGACAGUGGCUGAUUGACACUCUUUAUGCCUUCAACAGUGGCAAUGUGGAAAAAUUCCAGGCUUUGAAGUCAGCAUGGGGCCAGCAGCCAGACCUGGCUGCAAAUGAAGCUCUUCUGCUGCAAAAGAUCCAGUUGCUUUGCCUCAUGGAGAUGACCUUCACCCGACCAGCUAACCACUGGCAACUCACUUUUGAAGAGAUUGCUAAAAGUGCCAAAGUCACUGUAAAUGAGGUAGAGCUGCUAGUGAUGAAAGCGCUUUCAGUAGGUUUGGUAAAAGGCAGUAUUGACGAAGUGGACAAAAAGGUUCACAUGACUUGGGUCCAACCACGGGUGCUGGAUUUACAACAGAUAAAGGGCAUGAAAGUCCGCCUGGAGUUCUGGUGCACAGAUGUUAAGAGCAUGGAGAUGUUGGUGGAGCACCAAGCCCAUGAUAUCCUAACAUAAAGGACUUUGCACUGGCUAAGGGAAUAUCUUGUGCUGUUGCUGAAAGUGGCAGUGCCUGACCACUGACUCUGUACUGAAUUCUAUUAAAAGGGGGGCUAGGGGAGGAGGGGGAAGAACUACUUUUCUGAUGCUUGUACAGAGGACUAAGUGGCCUUUGCUGUAUAACCCUUUGGUGCUUGGAGUCGGGAAUUCCCUCUUAAGCACUAGCAUUUUUAUUAGUGCUUUCCCAUCCUGUUGUCACCAAAGGGGGGAGCUGAGGACUCCAAAACAGUGGAUUAAUCAGUCUUGGUGUGAUGUUGCAGUGGAGGAUGCUGGGGGGACUAUGUGCUAAGGGGUGGAGGGCAUUGGUUCAGCAGUGGGAGGGCAGCAAGUCUUCCAUUUUGCAUUAAUUGUGCAGGAAAGAAAGGCCACCAUUGACAGAUAUGGGGGAGGAGAGUGUGACCUUCCCCCUGCCAGCCCAAAGGCAGCAUAACUGAGAAGACAUGCUUCUUUCCCCUUGCCUCCCCCCUCCAUUUUUUCAGUAGAAGCUGCUCAAUCCCAUCAAUGUU